GAAGAUCAAAACUGUCCACGCGAAGUAAACACACACUGCUAACACCAUAUUGCGCAUUUCGACUGAUUUCGACCUAUAACUUCAUUUUCGAAGGAACCUUCUGGUAACCUCUCCACAGAGAAAGCUCGGGGAAAAAGAACAAAUAUAUUGGGAACAUCGAGAACGUUCUCAGUCUACAACGACUCGAAAAUCAAAGUUCAAACGACUUGCGUCGAUUUCUCUUUAUUAUUUGACCUUCGAGAUACGCACCCUGCAACACAGUGCAAGUAUAAAUCGACGAUUUCCUCUUUCUUUCCCCCGCCCCCUUUUUUCGGUAACAGAUGCGGUCAUCGGUUUCACUUUAUUCACGUUGUAGAUUGUAGAGAGAGUUGCCAGUUGUCAUAUUUAUUUUCUUCAAAUGAGUUAUCUGGUGAUAUUUUACACCGAAAGCGAUUACUCCGAAACAAGCGAGUCUCAAGUAAUUCGCUAGGAACAGAUAGCCCAUAGAAGAGAAGACCGCAAAUAACGGAUCUUUAUAGCGUUUUGCUGUGUCUUUUUGAGACAUUGGUGUAUCGAAAAUUUAUACAAAAAAAGGAAAAAAAAGAAAAAUAGUAAAAGGAGAUAAAGGCAAAAAAGCCAAUUGUUGUUUUAUAAAAAAUCUUGAGUCAUAAAAAAGAAAAGGAAGAAGACCACCUCUGUACUGGAUACGUUCAACAAGAUUUCUUUAAUUUUACUUAGAUUGUGAAAAAUUAGAUUUUUGAAAUGGAAUCAGACAUCUUGGUUUCUUGUCCAUACAAUCCUGCGCAUCGCAUUGCAAGAUAUAAACUUCACACUCAUAUUAUAAAAUGCAAGAAAUCCAGUAAUAAUGCGAAAAACAAAGUAGAAUGUCCAUUGGACAAAAAUCAUAUAGUGGAUUGUGACCACCUUAGGGAACAUAUUGCAUCAUGUCCCAAAAAAGGAAAGUUACUAGAAAUAGAUACUGGAUUUGUUAAACCAAAGGAUGAAGAGCCUUCUAUAAUGAUAGACUCAUACAACUCAACUGAAAAUUGGGACGAAGACCCUGAAGUUCCAACUUACAACCCGAUGGAAGUUUCGGCAAAUAGGCCAGUGAUACGACCUGUAUCUGGAUUGACAAAAUCACAAAGAAGACAAUAUAGAGAAAACGAACGAAUGCGUAUAGCAAAUCUCAAAGGAGUUCAUUCUACGAGCGUAGCCUCAUCUUCUAUGAUGAGAGAGACUUCUAUGAGAGAACCUCAAGAGAUACCACUACGUCCUCCUCGUAAUUUUCCAUCGCCUAUAAGGGACUUACAAAAUGACUUUAAUAAGAGCAUGCAAGUACAUAAUGAUGAUAAUGAUGAUAAUGAACGCGAUACAACUACGCAAGCUAGUUUUGUUCCUGAAUUGCCUAAUAAUUCAUUCCACACGCUUUAUAAUGCUCCCGAUUUAGCUCCCGAAGAUGACAAUAUUAAACAAAUGAAACAAUCUUUACAAGACACUGAAAUGAAUCUGACGAAUCCUUUUCGUAAGCAGAGAAAAUCCGUAAUAGAUUAUAUUCAGCACGUAAGUAAAGAAAAAGCGAAUAAUUCAAUGUUCGAUCAAAGUAGAGAAACAAAAGUUAACAAAACUGAGGUAGACACAAUCUCAGAACCAUUUAAUGUUGAUAAUAGAAAGAAAGAAAGAAAUGAAUGUAUUGCAAGCGGUUCGAGCGUGUCUGGUGAACAAGUUACCGAUAGACUUCUAACUUUAUUGAAGAAUGAAGUAUCGGGUAUCAAACAGGGUCAGUCUAUCCAGGAAACUGUAAAGGUUAAUGAAAUUGAUAAAGAUUCAGGUGAAAAGGGGCAAACAUGGAAUGAGAUCUGGGAUGCAUUUAAUAAACAAUUAAUGCAUUUAACAAAUAUUCAGACUGCUGCUGCUGAGGAAAGUGCACGAUUAAUCGAACAAAUGAAAGAAUUUAAGUUGCGCGAAGAAAUGGCAAAAAAAUAAUUCUGACCAACUAUCAAUAACGAUUACAUAUUUCAAGACCAUUUCUCAUCGUUCACAAUUUUAUGUCUUACAAUCCUCAGGGUACUAAAUGUUACAUACAUUGUAUAAUUAACGUUGCAUAUAAAGAGUUAAAAAAUGAAUAUUACUUAUACUCACGGCAUUUAUAGUCCGUUCAUAUACAUUCAAAAUUAUGUCAAGUACGAUUAUGAGAUGCUGUGCAGUUAUUUCAUUAGUGGAAGGAAUCUUAAAAUUGCUCACAACCAGACUUCAGUCAAUUUCUAAUAUAAGAUUGGAUUAUGUGUGCAUAUCGCCCUUAAAACACUCUUGAGAUUGGACUAUAAAUACCGUCUAUAACCAUUUAUUAAAGAAUAAGAUCUCGUACAUGUGUGUGUAUAGUCGUGAGCUAAAAGGUUGCAACACAUUUUCUUCGAUUGUUUUUGAAAUGUAGACUUGCUCAUCAAACGGCGAACGUCAUUGGUUCUUACCUGUGGAUCAAACCAAUUAAGCAUCAAACCAUCUACCAUCAAAGAAAAUGUGUUGCAACCUUUUAGCUCACGACUAUACAUACAAAUCAAGAAAAUCCGUUUUGUGUUUAAAAAAAACUGAUCUAUAUACAGGGUGAUUCAGAAAGACCUAUGUGUCCUUGUAAAGACAUGUUCUUGGAUAAAUUCUGAGACGAUUUUUCCUGUACGAAAAUUUUGUCCAACGGUUACUUUUAGAAUAAUAAGAGGAUAAAAUUAGUGAAUCAUGGGCCAUGUACACAUGGUAGACAAAGGCGGCGCAACUCAUCGUCCGAGCGCGGGCGCUUACCCGUGUCGGACGAUGAGUUGCGCCGUCUUUGUCUACCAUGUGUACACGGCCCAUGAUUCGCUAAUUUUAUCCUCUUAUUAUUCAAAAAGUAAGCGUCAAACAAAAUUUUCGUAGAGGAAAAAUCGUCUCAGAAUUUAUCCAAGAACACGUCUUUACAGGGACACAUGGGUCGUUCUGAAUCACCCUGUACAAUAGAAAGGUAAUGUUAAGAUAUGUAUAUUUAUCUAAAUAUGCCACGAGACAUCGGUAUACAUGUCUCGUGACAGGUGGGAAAAAAAUUUAAAAAGUGAUUCUAGAUAAUAGAAUAAAGCAAAAGUUAAGAAUAAAAAAUUUUGAUUAAUUUUUGAUUAUUUUUGUUUUUUAAUUAUAAAUAUUUACAUGUAUUAAGCCUUUUUUACGUAAAUAUUUAAAAAUUCAAACUUACAAAAUUAAGAAUAAUAAGAGUUCAGUGAAGGUUUUUUCUAAAUUAAUAAUAUCCAAUAUUUAUGUGGUUUAAGCAUACUUUUUCUAUGAACAUUUAAAUAGUCUUAAAAGGCUAAUAACGCUAUGUGAUUAAAUUACGACAUCUUAGGAUUGUACUUAAGACAAUCUUAAAUAUAAAAAUGGAUUAUGAAUACCAGCUUUAAUUGUAAUUUUGUUAUUCUUAAGUAUUUUCUUUAUUUUGGUUAUUUUAUCGUCUAAAAUCACUCUUUAAAUUUUUUCUUACCUAUUCCAUAUGCAGGGUAAAAAAAUAAAGUUAUGUUUUCUCAGAAAUAUAUUUCAAAGUUGAAACUAUUAGAGUUAUGGAAGUAAGUUGAAGAAAGAAAAAGUUAUGCUUGAUUUUAUUAUAAUAAAUACAUCUAUACACGUACACACUAGACAAAUACAUUAUAUAUGUAUGUUUAAUCUUGAGUAAUUGUGAAUCUUUAUAAACUUAUAUGUAAACUGAAUAAAGAAUUUCUUAUGAGUAU